AUUAUUACAUCAUGUUGAUCUUUUUAGUUUCUAGUUUAAUUGCAUACUCUUGUAAUUUAUCAAUACAACCCUUUAAUAGUUUCCUUGACAGUUUAUUAAGAAUUGAGUGAAAAAUCCUUGUCUCAAGUUAUUCAAACUAAUAUAAAGACAUGUUCUAUUCUAAAUAAAAUUGAUUUUUACUUCAUUAAUGAAUAGUAACCCUAAUCUAAUUAUUAAUUCAAAAUAAUUGAACCACAUUAUGCUAUAGAUUUGUAUAUUGAUUUUUUCCUAAUCGAUUCAUAUACAGAUUAAAAUGUCAACAUAUUUUUGGAUAACAUCUUAAUUGAACAAUAUCAGAAGCAUUAAAAAUAUCCAAUCCCAUUUUGUGAUGACUAGGUUGAUAGUGAAAUGUAUACAUAUUUUACGACCUAUUCUCAUUUUUAAUAAGAUUUGAAUUUAUUGAUUUAAUUGGAAAAUCCAACUAAGUUUAUUCUAGGCAUAAGAAAUAUCUAAAUAGUUCCAAAAUUAUGUCAUGAUACUUGUAGUUAAUGUAUCGGACCAUCAGAAAAUCAUUGCAGAUCUUGUGUUUUAGGAGCUCAACUUGAUAGAAAAACAAAUAAAUGUAUUUGCCCUUAAACUUCACCUUUUUUAAGUAUCGAACAUAAUUAAUGUUCUAUAAAAUGUGACAUCCAUGAUUAUUAUGAUAAUUAAUUGAAGAUGUGUUUGCCUGAUAAAAGUAAACAAUUUAGAUUAAAUUAGAUAUUGAAUAAAUGCAACUCCAUUUUUGGGAUGUUUAUGUGUAGGAAAAUUGGACAAUUAUUGAAAAUGAAAUUGAAUCUGAAAUUCAAGAUAAAAUAUACUCUAAUGUAGUAGGAUUAUUUUCAAUAAAUUAAGCACUUCGCUAUCAAUUCAAUAACUCAAAUAUUUUUUAAUCUCUAAGAAUAAGAGCGGAUAUUUAUAUUUUUUCAUCACUUGUUAAUCCUGAUAUUUUCAUCCAAGUAGAUUAAAUAAAAAUAAACACCAAACCACUUCAUACACAAAAAAUUACUGGUUAAUAGGGAUACUAAUUAUUUCAAAUAGAUUAAAUCAUUGAUAGUAAAUAAAAUUCUAAAAUUACAUUUUCACUCUAAGGAGAUCCAAAUACUAGAUGGGGUAUUAGAGAAGUAGUAUUUAAUCAAGUGAAUUGCUAAUCAGCUUGUUAACAAUGUUAUUCUAAAACGACAUGUUAAUUAUGUAAAUCUGGUUAUUUGCUUUAUUUAGGACAAUGUGUUUAAUCUUGUCCUAAAUAUUCAUAGCUCUAUAAUGAAAACACUUGUAAAGAUGUCAAAGAGAAUUAUCCUAAUUCAGAAAUUAUAAUGAGAGCCUUUGAUGACAAUUUAAUAGCUAAUUUUUUAUCGAAAAAUGUUUCAACUCUAGCCUCACAGAAUCAAAAUUAUUAUGGAACAUAUUAUGAUGGAAUCAGAUAUUUGGGAGGUUUAAAGGAUAAUUUUAUUCAACUUUAUCAGAAAUCCUUUUUUUAGUUGCCUCCUCAUUACUAAAUUAUAGUUUAAUUCUAAAUAAUUACAUUUGAAUUCAAUGAAAUUAAUUCAAUGAUAAAUCAAAUUGAAUUAAUCGCAGAUAACACUACCCUAAAAAUUAUAGAUUCAAAAAAAAAUCAACUUCAAGCAAUUCAUUAGGAGUUUAAUCAUGUUUCUAAUAAUUUAUAAUUAUCAUUACUAUCACUUUAAUCUCAAAAUUCAAUUUUUAGUUUUGGAAUAUCUAAUUUAAAUAUCAUGAUUUCUAGAUGUAACCCAUUAUGUAAAUCAUGUAUUGGACCAAAUGAUUCGGAUUGUUUAGAAUGGAUUUAUGAUCAAAAUUCAAAUGAUUAAAAAAAAUGUAAAAAUGGCUUUAUGUUUGAUAUUUUAAAACAAAAAUGUGUGUUAUGUCCACUAGGAUGCUAAAAAUGUUCUGAUUAGAAAACUUGUAUUCUUUGUGAAACCAAUUUUGUUCAAUAAGGUAAUAGUUGCUAUUGUUUAAAUGGCCAAGUUGAUGAUUUUACUUUAGAGUGUACAAGUAUUUUAAUAUAAAAAUAUUUAUAGCCUAUGCAUGAUUAAUUUAAAUUAUUUUUAAC